AUGUCAAGGUCGGCGACACCCGCACUCCCGCUGCAUAAUGCACCAAAGCCCAGCUCUCCACGACCUCGCUCUACGCCUUCAUUAGGCGGGCGGCCAAAUGCCCCAUCGUCGACGUCCACGUCAACAUACUCGUGGCUCGAACCUCAUGAGACUGCCGAACGGUUACGCACUUCCCUUCUGCAUGGCCUAACGCCCGCCGAGGCAGAGGUACGCCUCGCUCGAGAUGGCCCCAACGAGCUCCCCCAUGAAGAACCGGAACCCCUAUGGCUGCGGUUUCUCAAGCAGUUCAGGGAAACCCUCAUUCUCCUUCUCCUCGCCUCCGCCGCCAUUUCGUUCGUCAUGGGCAAUUACGAUGAUGCCGUCAGCAUUACUCUCGCGGUGACAAUCGUUGUGACGGUCGGCUUUGUUCAAGAAUAUCGGUCGGAGAAGUCGCUCGAGGCUCUAAGUCGUCUGGUGCCACACUAUGCCCAUUUAAUCCGUGACAUCCCCUCGACAGGUUCCACAAUUGACACUGCAAGUAUUCACGCUGCAGGCCCCGGUGAGGAAAUGGAAGAGCUCCGGAGCAAGAGCCCCAGUGCGGCGUCCUCUGCGGUGAAGGCGUCGACCACUGUCCCCGCCAAUGAACUGGUGCCCGGUGACCUGGUCUUGUUCUCUACUGGAGACCGUAUUCCAGCCGAUAUUCGGAUCACCCUCGCAACGGAUCUUAGCAUCGACGAAUCGAACUUGACUGGCGAGAAUGAGCCUGUGGGGAAAUUUGCAGCGGCACUCCGCAGCACACACGGUGGGCCGGUUCAAGCGCUGAAAGCAACUGGCCCGCCUCGAUCGCCCUUCUACGAUGCGCCGGCCACUGGAGCCGUUGGUGCUGAUAUUCGGCUGAAUGAACAGCACAACAUCGCAUUUAUGGGAACACUGGUCCGCUCUGGGUACGGACAGGGCAUUGUGAUAUCGACAGGUGCAAAGACCGAAUUCGGUAGUAUCUCGGUUUCCCUACAGGAGAUUGAGAGUCCUCGGACUCCGUUGCAGCUCUCCAUGGAUCGACUUGGCCAGGAACUAAGUUACAUCUCGUUCGGCGUGAUUGCGUUGAUCGUGGUGAUUGGCCUCUUGCAGGGUCGCAAACUUCUUGAGAUGUUCACGAUUGGUGUUUCGCUCGCGGUCGCAGCAAUCCCAGAAGGUCUGCCCAUCAUUGUGACUGUGACCCUCGCCCUCGGCGUGUUGCGCAUGGCCAAACGAGGUGCGAUCAUGCGCAGGCUUCCCAGCGUGGAGACUCUUGGGUCUGUCAAUGUUGUCUGCAGCGAUAAGACUGGUACCUUGACGCUCAACCACAUGACAGUGACCAAGAUGUGGCAUUUUGACUGCGCGGGGCCCUUCGAAGUUCAGCGCGAUAUUGCCUCGGUGGUAUCCCCCGGUCCAGCGGCGAAAACUAUUCUCCGUAUAGGUAAUAUUGCCAAUAAUGCUCGCUUGUCACGGAUGCAUGCAAACUCGCCAGCCACCGCCUCCUCCGCGGCAGUACUUUCAUCGACCGUUGAUAGAGACUCGGGUGCUGCGAAGAGUCGAUGGGUCGGCCAACCUACAGAUGUGGCCAUCUUGGACUUGUUGGACACUCUGGCUGAGGAUGACGUGCGCGACCGCAUUAGUGCUCGUGUGUCCGAAACACCAUUCAGUUCGGAGCGGAAGUGGAUGGGCGUGGUUAUUGGCAGUGGCUCAGCCAGCGAUUCUUCUCUCUCAGCCGCUGGUGGCUCUAAUGUUGCAUACAUCAAGGGGGCUCUUGAGCAGGUUUUGGCGCGCUCGGAUACAUACUUGACCAAGGAUGGUCGGGAGGUCAUAUUGGAUGAGCCCCGGCGCAAGGUCAUCCGAGAGGCGGCGGAGCAGAUGGCAGCAGACGGCCUCCGGGUUCUCGCUUUUGCCAGUGGAGCCGUACGAGACCCGUCUAGAAGCCCAAGGGGCUUCGGCAGUCGGUCCGGGACACCUGUUUCGAAAACCAGCGAGAUCGAUGAGGACGACCGAUAUACCGGGCUAGUUUUUGCUGGGCUGGUGGGCAUGAAUGAUCCACCGCGUCGGGAUGUGCACAGGUCGAUCCGACGACUGAUUUCCGGCGGCGUCCGGAUUCUGAUGAUUACUGGGGAUGCCGAAACCACGGCCGUUGCCAUUGCAAAGAAGCUUGGGAUGCCCGUCAAUGAAUCCGCCGGUGCACGGUCCGUUCUUCGAGGUGACGAACUGGACCACAUGAGCACCAGCGAGCUCGCCCAGGCGAUUUCGACCACUUCCAUCUUUGCCCGCACGAGUCCAGACCACAAGAUGAAGAUUGUGCGUGCACUUCAAUCCCGUGGGGACGUGGUUGCCAUGACUGGCGAUGGUGUCAAUGAUGCGCCCGCCCUGAAGAAGGCCGACAUUGGCAUCUCCAUGGGAAGGCUGGGUACCGAUGUUGCCAAGGAAGCGGCGGACAUGAUCUUGACCGACGACGAUUUCUCGACCAUCCUCCGUGCAAUUGAGCAGGGCAAGGGGAUCUUUUAUAACAUCCAGAACUUCAUUACCUUCCAGCUCAGUACCAGCGUGGCUGCACUCAGUCUCGUGCUGCUGAGCACCACCCUCGGAUUCAAGAACCCGUUGAAUGCGAUGCAGAUCUUGUGGAUCAACAUUCUCAUGGAUGGACCACCGGCUCAGUCCCUGGGUGUCGAGCCCGUGGACCCCUUGAUCAUGAACCGACCGCCCCGACCCAAGACGGCGCGGGUGCUGACGAGACCUCUUAUCCAGCGAGUUCUCACCUCGGCAAUGAUUAUAAUGCUGGGCACGCUCGCCAUCUACGUACACGAGAUGGGCGACAUGGACGACAGCCAGCCACUGGGCAAACGGUCUCGCGUGGUCACCGCGCACGAUACCACCAUGACCUUCACUUGCUUUGUCCUGUUCGACAUGUUCAACGCUCUAACCUGCCGCAGUGAGGGCAAGUCCGUGCUGCGCGGAGAGUUGCCACUUUUCGGGAACAAGAUGUUCAACUACGCGGUGCUCGGCUCCUUGGCCGGGCAGGCCUGUGUCAUCUACCUGCCGUUCCUGCAGCGCAUCUUCCAGACAGAGCCGCUAAGCCUGGGGUCGCUGUUCAAGCUCCUCUGCAUCGCCAGCUCGGUCUUCUGGGUGGAUGAAGGCCGAAAGUAUCUGUUUUCCCUGCGCCGUCGGAGCGGACUGGGCGUGGGAUAUAGUGUCAACGUCUAA